ACUUUUGAAAAAUUGAAAGAGAGAAAGGAAAAGGAAUGGGAGAGAAAGAGAGUGUGGUGUGGGAGGGAGUGAUGGAAGUGACCAAGUGGGCGCAGAAGAAGAACACAGACCCUCUGCUGUGGUCCAUUCAGGUCACUUCAACCCUCAACUCCGCCGGGAUCUCUCUGCCUUCCAUACACCUCGCACACCGUCUUGUUUCUCACGUGUGUUGGGACAAUCACGUGCCUAUCACCUGGAAAUUCCUCGAGAAAGCCAUGGCCGUUAGAAUCGUCCCUCCUUUCCUCGUCCUCGCUCUUCUCUCCAACCGCGUUCUCCCCCGCCGCCACCUCCACCCCGCCGCCUACAGCCUCUACAUCGACCUCCUCAACCGCCAUGCCUUCUCUCUCUCCUCUCUCAUCCAUUCUCCCAAUUAUCACAAGGUCAUGCUCUCUCUUCACCACGUUCUUCCUUUUUCUCAACUCUACGAUUCCCAUCCCGGUGUCGUUCUCGUCCACUUCGUCUUCACUGUUGUCUCCCAGUUACUCGAAGCUUCCUUGGACGACGAAGGAUUGCUCGGACAUAAACCUACCACGUUCUCCCAUCCUGAUUUGCCCCUUGAUCCUUCUAACUCCAACUUCAACGACGCUUUGCACACCAAGAACUCCGCCAUGGCUAUUCAGACUAUUGCUCGCUUUCUUCAAGACAAAGUCACUUCCAGGAUUCUCUCCUUGCUUCAUCGAAACAUGCCUGCGCAUUGGGCACCUUUCGUUCACCAACUGCAGCGACUUGCGGCCAACUCUUUGGUGUUGAGGAGCUUGAAACACGUUACUCCAGAGUCACUUUUUCCUUUCGAUUUCAAUUCUAAUGAGCUUAAGCUUUUCUCUAAUGAAUCCAAAACGACGCCUAAGCUUGAACUCAGUGCCAUCAUGGCUGCCUCUCCGUUAUCUUGCGCCGUUCAGUCUCGUCACGAUAGUUGGUCUUCUCUUUGGCUCCCUAUUGAUCUUAUCCUCGAGGAUGCAAUGGAUGGCCAUCACGUCGCAGAAAAUAGUGCUGUUGAAGUUCUUACCGGGCUGGUGAAAGCUUUACACGCAGUGAAUGGUACUGCAUGGCACAAUGCCUUUCUAGGUUUAUGGAUUGCAGCACUACGACUAGUUCAAAGGGAGAGGGAUCCAAGUGAGGGUCCUGUACCUCGCCUUGAUACCUGCUUGUGUAUGUUAUUGUGCAUUGCAACCCUUGUAGUUGCUAAUAUUAUUGAAGAAGAGGAAGGGGAACUUAUGGAAGAAGCUGAACGUAGCCCUACAAAUCAAAGGAAGGACAAACAGGCUUUGGGAGAGUGUCGUGGGGAAUUGGCUACCAGCUUAAAGCUAUUGGGCGAUUAUGAGGACUUACUCAAUCCACCUCAAUCUGUUACUUGGGUAGCCAAUCAGGCUGCUGCCAAGGCUAUUCUGUUCAUAUCAGGACACAAUGGAUACUUGGAAUCUAUGAAUGUCAAUGACUUGCCCACUACCUGUUCUGGUAACUUAAGACAUCUGAUCAUUGAGGCUUGUAUUGCGAGACAUCUGCUUGAUACCUCAGCUUAUUUCUGGCCUGGUUAUGUGAGCGGACCUUGCAAUCAGCUACCUCAUAGUAUUCCUAACCAUUUGCCUAGCUGGUCAUCAUUUAUGAAGGGAUCGCCACUGACUCCUCCAUUGGUUAAUGUCUUGGUCGCAACUCCUGCUUCUAGCUUAGCAGAGAUUGAGAAAAUAUUUGAAUUUGCAAUCAAUGGCUCGGAUGAAGAAAAGAUAUCUGCUGCUACCAUUCUUUGUGGAGCAUCUUUAGUACGUGGUUGGAAUGUGCAGGAACACGUUACUUUUUUCAUCAUAAAGAUGCUUUCCCCUCCAGUUCCUCCUAAAUAUUCUGGGACUGAAAGCUAUUUGAUUAGCCAUGCUCCAUUUUUGAAUGCCCUUCUGGUUGGAAUUUCACCCGUUGACAGCGUUCAGAUAUUCUCCCUACAUGGUGCGGUUCCACUACUUGCAGCUGCGCUAAUGCCAAUAUGUGAGGCUUUUGGAUCAUGUGUUCCUAAUGUCUCAUGGACUGCUGCAAAUGGUGAAAAGCUCACAUGUCAUGCAGUGUUCUCGAAUGCAUUUAUUCUCCUGCUGAGAUUAUGGCGUUUUAAUCAUCCACCUGUUGAACAUGUGAUGGGGGGUGCAGCUACUCCAGCAUUAAGAUCACAAUUAGGUCCUGAGUACCUUCUAUUGGUUCGAAAUUGUAUGUUAGCAUCCUUUGGGAAAUUACCAAGAGAUCGAGUAAGAAGCAGAAGGUUUUCAAAGAUGAUAAGUUUUUCUUUGGAGCCCUUGUUUAUGGAAUCCUUUCCAAAACUAAAUAUUUGGUAUCGGCAACAUCGAGAAUGUAUGGCAUCCACCCGCUAUGCUCUUGCACCGGGAGGGCCAGUUCCUCAGAUUGUUGAAGCACUACUAAGCAUGAUGUCCAGGAAAAUAAAUCGAAGUGCUCAGUCAUUGACACCUACAACAUCAGGAAGCAGCAAUUCUUCUGGUUCGUCUAUGGAUGAUGUUUUGGUGAAACUCAAAGUGCCUGCAUGGGAUAUUCUUGAAGCAGCUCCAUUUGUUCUUGAUGCUGCCCUUACUGCCUGUGCCCAUGGAAGACUCUCUCCCCGUGAAUUGGCUACAGGUCUCAAAGAUCUUGCUGAUUUUCUUCCGGCAUCUUUGGGUACAAUUGUAAGCUACUUAUCGGCUGAAGUAACACGUGGCAUAUGGAAGCCAGCUUUUAUGAAUGGAUCUGAUUGGCCUAGCCCUGCUGCAAAUUUAUCCAUUGUCGAGCAACAAAUCAAGAAAAUUCUAGCAGCCACUGGCGUUGAUGUCCCAAGCCUUGCUAUAGAUGGGAAUGCUCCCGCUACACUUCCUUUACCAUUGGCGGCUUUUCUUAGUCUCACAAUAACAUAUAAACUGGAUAAAUCUUAUGAGCGCUUCCUUGUUUUGGUUGGCCCAUCUUUGAUCGCCCUUGCUUCUGGUUGCCCCUGGCCGUGCAUGCCUAUUGUGGGUUCUUUGUGGGCUCAGAAGGUGAAGCGUUGGAGUGACUUUUUUGUAUUCUCUGCUUCUGGAACUGUCUUCCACCAUAGCAGGGAUGCUGUAGUUCAGCUCUUAAAAAGUUGCUUCACCUCCACCCUUGGGCUUGGCUCUGCCUGUAUUUAUAACAAUGGUGGUGUUGGCGCCCUCCUUGGUCAUGGCUUUGGUUCUCACUGCUGUGGAGGGAUUACUCCAGUUGCUCCUGGUAUUCUCUACUUAAGAGUUUACAGGUCAAUUAGAGAUGUCAUGUUCUUGACAGAAGAAAUUGUCUCUCUUUUAAUGCUUUCAGUUAGAGAUAUUGCGAAUGGUGGGUUGCCCAAAGGUGAAAUGGAGAAGCUAAAGAAGACCAAGUAUGGGAUGAGAUAUGGACAGGUUUCUCUUGCUGCAUCUAUGACACGUGUUAAGCAUGCUGCUAUUCUUGGGGCAUCGUUUCUUUGGAUAUCUGGUGGAUCGGGUUUGGUUCAAUCUCUGAUUACUGAAACUUUACCUUCCUGGUUUUUGUCAGCCCAAGGAUUAGAACAGGAAGUUGGAGAAUCUGGGGUUGUGGUUGCUAUGCUGAGGGGUUAUGCACUCGCAUGUUUUGCUGUGCUUAGUGGGACAUUUGCUUGGGGUAUUGACUCUUCGUCACCAGCAUCAAAACGUCGACCAAAGGUUCUUGGAAUUCAUUUAGAAUUUCUUGCAAAUGCCCUAGAUGGGAAAAUAUCACUUCGCUGUGAUUGUGCAACUUGGUGCGCAUAUGUGUCCGGGGUUAUGAGCUUGAUGGUGAGCUGCACACCACUGUGGAUCCAGGAGCUUGAUGUGGGUAUGUUGAAGAGAGUGAGCAAUGGAUUGCGACAGUUGAAUGAAGAAGACUUGGCUCUGCGCCUAUUAGAAAUUAGAGGGACAAGUGUCAUGGGUGAGGUAGCUGAAAUGAUAAGCCAAAGUAGAUUUUAACCGGCCAGCAUGGUGCAUAUGUGCUUAUACGACGACCCCUUUUUUUCUUUUUUGCAGUUAGGGAUUUUGAUAUUCAUUUCAGGAGGAAACAUGGCAUUUGAUUACUACCUGUUGCCAUUUCUGUACAUAGCAAUGUAAAUUUCAUAAAUUUAUAUUUGGACCUGACAAAACCAAUUAUUUUUCAGCUCAUAGUGUAAACAUUUAAUCAUUAGAAGUGUUACAGUAGAUAUCAUGGUCAUGCGUUCUUGUAGCAUUAUCAGAUUUCAUUGUCGGUCGUACGAGGAAAUUUUCUGGGAAAUAUUUUUGUUCGU